GUAACCUGUGACAGGGUCAAUGUCCGAAUUUUCCCUGUCACGAUUCUUCAUCAAUCGGACGCCCAGUUUGUUUUCCAAUCAGUUGACGACGACCACCAACACUUCGCAGUCUUGGACUGAGUUACUGAAAUACUCUACUAUUCAGCAAAAAGCUCGCGAGCAGGUCUUAAACUUUCAAACUUCGAAGCUUCAAAAAAUGGCGUCUGCACAGGUUCCGACUUCGCUAUCUUCAUUCCCAGAAGAGCUUCUUGCUCGUAUACUUGCAGAUUGCGUGACUCCUCCUCAAGUAUUACCAGUUCGUCCACCUUGGCACACCCAACCAAUAUUCUUUCCACGUCCCUCACUCUUAGCCCGCCCGACACCCCACACUAGCACACGUGCCCCAUCGUCGCUCUUGCUCGUUUCACGGCAGUUCCUCCGCAUUGGUACUCCCAUAUACUAUCAGACCCUCCACCUUCCGACGGCUACCCAUGCUGCCCGCGUACUCGAGACGCUUAUCUCCCAGCCGAUCAUUGCUGAUGCGGUACGCCGUGUUGUGCUAGGCUGCGUGUCGCUGGAAGGCGCUCGUGUACUUCGGGCGUGCGAGAAGAUCGAAGAUGUGGAUAUCUGUAUGGAUGUUUAUGAAGCUAAUCCUCGGGGAGAUGCAGCAGAAGAUCAGGAUGCCCAAGCCCUAUGUGAUGCACUCGACCGACUAGACUUGAAGCAUCUUACUAUUCGCAGAAUUUCGGAUGCAUAUCUCACACUUACGCGCCCAAAAUACCUUAUUGAGCGCAUUACAAAGGCUGUACCCGGCUGGCCUAACCUUGAAUCCGUUCACUAUGCAUUUAAAAUCAGUUCAACACCAGCCACCAGGCCUUUGGCUGAGGCUCUGAGCCAUGCCCCCAAACUACGCAGUCUUAAAGCGCAACUCCCGGAGAUUUGGAACGAAUUGUUCCUCACCAUCUCCACAAAUCCGACUCUCGAACAAGUCGCAUUGUAUGCAGAAGGCGUAGACGGGAUUUUGCAUACGACUAUGUACAUGAUGGAGGCUAGGAAACACGCACACUUGAACGAACUGAUUAAGGUUGGAACGACAUUUUUCCGAACAAGGGCACGUACAACUGCUGCUGCAGUGCCGAGUCCACCGUCAACAAGACCAUCGACUCCUCUGAGCGCCAGCAGAGUGAAGGAGGUGGCUGCCGAACUCAUGACUCCUAGGCUGAGCCAGAACGUGCCUCCCCAUGUGGCGGGAGGCUCACAUGUACUUUGAUCGCUUCCUAUCGCAUAUUUCGCAUUGGGUAUCAUUUCCUAUCAUCUCUCACAUGCAUUUUCCUCUCCAUAUCUCACGAAGUCGCGGGCAACUCCCAUCACAGCAUAUAUUUCCCGCGCAUGACAAUGAUGAUUUUUGUAAUGCUCUACAACGAUUUUUCUUUUGAUAUGGCACGUUCUCCUUUCUUUUCACUAAUACUUAUUCCCUGCGGCUCCGUCAAGGCAAAGUGAUUGACCUGGUGAAGUUCUUGUCGCACGAGCGUAGUUGGUCUGGUACUUCUGCACUCGGACGUUCGUUCUUGUUCUUGUUACUUUGUCCAGAUAUCAUGAGCAUAGGCUAGGCUAAUGGAAAAUCAUUCACAUACACUCCCAUUGUCACAUAGGAUUGCGUUGUGUAUCAAUAUUGGUAGACGACGGCUAACUCGGAGGAGCCAGUCGUUUAGCAGCACUGAGCAGCUGGGCCUAUAUAACUUG